AUGGCCGAGAUGGGCUUGAACAUCAUCGUCACAUCCAAAUCAGGAGAGAAGUUCGAGGGUUUGUUGUCUGGUUCAUCCCUCACACCAGCUAGCACCAAGAUCACUCUCAAGAUGGUUAGAAAAUUACAACCUCAGGCGAACGGUGUUGCAUCUCGGGAAGCGGCCUUAGUUGGUUCGAGUCCAGAGCAUGCAAUGAACUUCGAUUUGAAGGACAUGGCUGACAUGACAAUCGCCGACUUCUCUCUUCCUGAGACCUCAAAACUUACCAACGGUUCUUCCUCGACCUUUCAGACUGAUACCGAUAUUUCUGGCAAUCAGGUUCGAGGCGAACGCGAACUUCAACGAUGGGUGCCAGAGGGACCAGACAACACCGACUAUUCGCUGGGGUCGGGCAAUACCGCUCCUUGGGAUCAGUUUGCUACUAACUCUCAGUUGUUCGGCGCUAAGAGCACCUAUGACGAGAACCUUUACACAACCACCAUCGAUCGUAACGCGCCUUCUUACAAGCGCCGGGAAGCCGAAGCCGAAAGGAUCGCGCGGGAGAUUGAAGGUUCAACGUCGACAAAUGCGCACAUUCGCGAGGAACGUGGUCAGGCCCUGGAGAAUGACGGCGAGGACGAGGAAGAGAAAUACAGUGGAGUUCGUCGGGAUGAGCAAUCCUACUCCCCACUGGCUGUUGGCGGUGCGAACAAAUAUACACCGCCGGCGAGGCGUGCCCCUACUGGCCAAGCAACUGUUCCAGGAGCGCCUGUAGAUCCCGCCAUCAUAUCCGCACAGCUGUCACGACCCGAGCCGACCGUGGGGAACACCCAAAAAGCCAAACAUGAAAGAGAAGGUCCUGUUACUGCCGAGAAGAGCUCAGCGCCCACGGCAGACAAGCAGCUAUCUGAGCCAAAUGGCAUGGCCUCGACACAGAGCGCUCCGCUCGACAAGGUUGCCAAACCCGCUGCUCAAACGACGUCAAGCAAGCUGGAGCCGACAAACGUAGAGCCACAAACCAGCAAUAAAGGCAUCCCUCAAGGUCCCACUGAAAAUGUCGAAGCCAAGGUCCUCCACCAAUUCCGCCAAUUCGCUGAUCUCGAGAAACAAAGGGUCAUCGAGAGAAGAAAGGCUCAAGCAAACCAAGAUCGCGCUGCUAAGUUAAAUGAACUUCUCCGUUUCUCGAAGACAUUUAAACUCAAGACCCCCAUUCCGAGCGACCUGAUCGGGAUCCUGGCUAAAGACCCUGCUAAGCAAGAGGCUAUCGUUGAAAAAGCACAAAAAGAAUCCAGCGAAUCAACUUCCACUGCGAAGGCGAGCCCUUCGCAGGCCCCAGUGGCCAGCAACACCACCACUACCACCACUCGCAAAGCCGACGUUCCACAAGCUCAACCGCCUGUGCCGGAACGACAAGUGUUCCAUCGUGGCCGUGGGGGAUUUCAACAAGGUGGACGGUCUGACCGACCCGCAGGCCAGCAACAGCCACCGCUUUUCCCAGGUCGAAAUAACAGCGCUCCAUAUCAAUCCAGAUUUAGUGCACAUCAGCAGGACCGCAAGGGUAUUCAGCCACCUCCCAUUCCUGCACCGAUUCCCAUUAUUGAAGGCCGUGUUCCUCCAACUGGGCCCAUGGCCGACCAAACUGGAAUGACUAGUCCGCAGAGAUCCAACAUGCACACUCCAAAUUCCGCCAUCUCUGGAAAGUUCAAUCUCAAUGUGAAAGCGUCCGAGUUUCGUCCAACUGCAGCCUCGUUCAAUCCAGCUGGCCCUUCGCAAACUCCUUCGAGCCCUGGCUCCACCCAACGUGCGGGAUCCAUCUCCAGAACAGCUUCUCCCUCCGUGUUCUUUGGUAACCGAAAGCCGAAGCCAGCUUCCCAGAGGCCCUCCAUUGCCAAAGACUUCAACCCUAUCGUUCGAAUGAAAGCCGAGCAUACCCACAAGAAGGCCACAGAUGGUGCAAAACCCGAGGAGGUGCAGAAAGAUUAUAGCAGCAAUGGGGGCAUUCCGAAUGCUUUCCAAACAGGACCAAGAUGGACUGUCAAGCCCGAGAACGAUACAAAGACCUAUGAGGAAGCAUUCGAACACCCCCUGGCACCCCCGGUGGUCUCACCAGCUCAGAGCCGCUCAUCAUCGAGCCAUCAUAUUCCAUACCUCGGGCAGGGUAUGGCAAUACCUAAUGGACCUGCCAAUAUUCCACACAUUUCAACGCCACAGCACUUGCCACACGCUGGCCCACACCAGUAUCCUCAUCAAUAUGAGGAUGGCAGUCAUCGGAUGCAGUACGGAGCAGCAACUCCAGGCGUGUUCUCCUCGCCCAAUAUGGCUUCUCGUCAAGCAUCGGCGUAUGCUUCUCCCAUGACACACUCUGCCCAGCUCUCUUACCAAUCGCAACCAUAUUUCGGGACACCCACUGGCCAGAUGCCAAUGCAAAUGCGACCAUAUCCGGGCACUCCUGGCAUGAUGCAUGCUCAAGUAGGGCAGAUGAGUGCGCCAAUGAUGGUCCAACAGCCUUCAAAUGGUCCGUACAUGGCGGUUCCGCAGCAUUUCAAUCACCAAAUGCAAAUGUAUUCUCCAAACCCCAGCCAUGUAUACCCCCAGCAGAAUGGGGGAUACUCCAGUCCGGGACGCAUGGCGCCGAUGAUGAUGCAGCAAGGAUCACAGCAAGGCCACCCGCCCGCGCCCAGCAUGAUGUUUAGCGUAUCCAACCAAGGAGCAGCGCCGAUGGCAUAUCCACAGCAACAAAUGGGAAUGCAUCGCGGCAGCUAUGGUGGAGGGCACCAAUACGGUUCUACACCUCACCAGGGGUAUGCCAUGCAGCACCGAACCAUGAGCAGUGGAUAUGGCCAGUUGCAGCAAAAGAUGCACCACCAAAUGCCGCCUGUUCAUGGGCCUGCGAUGAACGGGCCUCCACAACAACCAGCAUAUGGCCAGCUAGAGGGAGUUCAGGACGAUGGCAAAUGA